AUGUUCGGAAUGAAGCCUAACCCACCGGCUAGCGAUAUUCUCCAGUACACUGGUGUGCUACUUGUUAUACUUGGAGGAGUUGCCUUUUCCAUGGUUCAAGUGGAUCGAAGUAUCCCAGAAACGCAGAGGAUGAGAGCUGGAAAAUCAAAGGAGGAGGGAACAGCUUCGGAUGACCGGAAGGAAACAAGAGGAUCUUCUGAGAUGAACAGUGACAAAAGCAGCACAUCAAGCAGUGCGGAGCAAAUGACAAAUCAAUCCACUGCGACUCAGUCGUCGCAGCAAUCUACGGCAACUUCAGCUAGCCAGAGAAUACCCAUUAGUCGGGUGGAAAAAGCCGUUUGCAUAGGCGUGGCAAUCAUGGCCGGUGUUUUCUAUGGUUUAAACUUCGUGCCAGUGAUCUACAUGGUUGAUAAUCCCCAGCGAUAUCCAGGCUACCCUGUAGACGGUCUCUCCUACGUGUUUUCACACUUCUUCGGAAUUUUUCUCAGCGCCACAGCAAUAUUCCUCGGCUAUACACUGUUCAAGAAAGGCGAGCCUUUUAUGACUUCUCAGAUGGUAUUGCCAUCAUUUCUGGCUGGACUACUUUGGGCAACAGCUCAAACAGCAUUUUUUAUUGCCAAUCAGCACUUAUCACAAGCCAUAUCGUUCCCCAUCAUUACUGGACUUCCAGGAUGCGUGGCAUCGUUGUGGGGUGUACUGUACUUCAAAGAAGUCAAGGUUAGGCAUUUCUACGUCUAG